AACUCACUCACGUGAGCUUAUGUUUGCAAUGUAGCUGAGCCAGAGCUGAGCAGCACAUCCGCUAUUCGCCUGGGUAUUGCGCGGGAGGUUUUACCAACACACAAAACAGACUUGCCUCUCUUGAAGUAGAGGUCAACAGCAUUCAUAACUGUACAUACCACACCAACAGUAAAGUAGACAUCAUAUGGAAACCACUGGAAAAAACAAAAGCGUGAUUUAUUUCAGAUCUCCAGUGUUUUGUCUCUAUUUGCAAUGCCUCGAAAAGGCUGCUUUCAGCAUAGGAAAGCACACCUGAAGAGUCGAAGGGAACAGCCUAAACGUGUAGAUACAAGUAAUAUUCAGUUGCCGAGUACUUCCUGGAGUUGCCAAAAGACGACUAAGAAGGCAGUCUAUUAUAAAAUAGAGACAAGUGAUGAAGCCUCUGUUGAACCAGCUAUUAUUACCCAUACAGUAACCAUUAAUGAUAAUGGAACGUGGACCCUACACGUGUACAAGAGACAAGUUACAAAAUGUGAUGAACUAAAGCAGUUUCCAGCUUCCCUUACUCAAGCUCAAGUUUCAGAGUUACUUUUGAUAUUGGACCGUAUGACGCUGUGUGCUGGUCAUCCAGAUGGGGAUUUUGUGAUCAUGAUACAAUCAAAGAAGGGAAAAAUAAUUUCACGUACCGGUGAUGUCACUUCAUAUUUAGAUGAAAAUCCUGUGGAAUUCUGUGGGAAAAAAUAUCCCAAAACUAUUCGAAGUGCUGAUUGUAGUGCUAUCGCAGCUGGGCGAUGUGGUGCCUGUGUGAAGUAUAGAGCUAAUCUCCGUUCUAUAUAUAAACAAUGGAAGAAAUCGUGUACAACUAGUCCCAGUAGUCAUUGCAAUGAAAGAUACCUAAAAACCCCAGAAAAGAAGGACAAAAUGUCGAAGCUACGUUCCCAAGUUAAUGCCUUGGACAAGAGAAUCUUAAGAUUACAAGAGAAAGUUGCAACGCUAAUUGAGUCUAGAGGAGAGCCGGUUGAUGAUGAUUUACAUACUGAUCUAUGUUCAAUUAUGCAAGAAAAUAACGAUAAAAUAUGCGCAGAUUUUCCUGAAGGAAGCUUCCAAUGGUUGUUAUGGAAUGAGCAGAAAAAGGCUGCCUCUGUAAAGAAUGGUACAGGAAUGAGGUGGCAUCCAUUAAUGAUUAAGUGGUGCGUAAACCUGAAACUUAUUUCUUUGAGUGCUUACAAUGCCUUGCGCACAAGUGGUUUCUUGAAACUCCCAUCUGAAAGAACUCUUCGAGACUACUCAAAUGUGUUUGAGAGUAAAGUAGGUUUUGAAGACGAGGUAGACAAACAAUUGCUUGAUGAAGUAAACGCAAAAUCUUUGCCACCUUCAAGAAAAUUUGUUGGUUUAAUUCUUGAUGAAAUGAAGCUUAAAGAAGGUAUUGUGUACAACAAGACGAGUGGCAGUGUUAUUGGUUUCACAAGCAUUGGUGAUAUUAACGAUGAUCUACUGAAGCUUGAGAGAGAAGAAGAGCAUCAUCAUUUGGCGAAGCAAGUCUUGGUACUAAUGGUACGUGGUACCAUGUUUAAACUGUCAUUCCCGUACGCUCAUUUUGGGACUGAAGGUAUUACGGCAGACUUGCUCUACCCAAUUGUUUGGGAAGCCGUUAGAAGGUUAGAAGUUAAUGGAAUCAAAGUAAUACAUGUGACUGCCGACGGUGCAAGUCCAAACAGGAAGUUUUAUAGAAUGCACCAAAACCCCAAAGUCAACGCUACCUACACCCAUAAGGCCCGGAACCCUUACACUGUUCAAGGUCGUUGGGUUUAUUUCUUUGCCGACCCACCACACUUGAUGAAGACGGUUAGAAAUUGCUGGUCACAUUCAGGAUUUCAGGGUACUCGACUAAUGAAGAUAUCUGGAAAGUUCAUCGAAUGGAGGCAUCUCAUUAAUCUCUAUAACAAAGUUUCAAGUACCGCUUCCACUUCAAAAGGCUUAUCUCUACUUCCCAAACUAAAGCUAGAGCAUGUCAAGCUUACUUCCUUUUCAAGAAUGAGGGUUGAUCUGGCCGCACAAGUUUUGAGCCAGAGUGUCGCGAACGCUUUUCAUUAUUUUGAUGACCCUGAUACAGUUGAAACUCAGUGUUUUGUUUCCUAUUUCGACAAAUUUUUCGAUUGUUUAAAUGUACGCAGUAAGGUUGAGUGGGUCGGUAAACGAAAACCAAAUUUGAAGCCAUACGUUUCCCCAUCAGAUGAGCGUUUAAACUGGCUUGAAAAUGAUUUUUUAGCCUACUUUCAUGAGUGGGAGGACUCUGUGAAAGAUUUACCACCAAAUGAAAAGAACAAAAUGACACUCUCUAGGGAGACGCUGGAAGGUAUUCAAAUUACAGUCAAGUCUUUUGUGGAGAUGGUGAAAUACCUACUCAGCCUGGAUUCAUCCUCGUUUCUGUUGAGUGAACGAAUAUCUCAGGACCCCUUGGAACAUUACUUUGGAAACCAGAGGGGGUGUGGUGGAAGAAAUGAUCAUCCCACUCUACACCAGUGUGUUAAGAAUGCUCCAGCACUUCGGAUGAAAAAAUCUUAUGCAUUAGAUCAAGUAAAAGGAAACUGUAGGCGUAAACGUCUUUUAAGUAAAGAUAUGGAAAUAGAUAGCACUCCACUACCAAAACGUAAACGAACAUAAAAUUAAUUUGUUCCAUUUAUACUUUUCCUUAAACUAGUUGAUUUUUGUACUGUCUUCUUCUGACGAUGUUUGUAUGCUUCUAACCAUGAAGCAACCAUUGAAAAACCUCUUACAGUAACCCACAAUUUAAUUAUUUCAAGUAAUAGUUCCUCAGAUUGUUCUGGAUCAUCAAUGUCUUGUGACAGAAUACACCAAAAAAACUGCACAUUUUCAUUUGCCGCAAUAACAUCAUGGACAUUUUGCUUGAAGCUCUCUUUAUUUGCAGUUCGACUGAGCAUGUGACUUUCUAACACAGUUUUAACAACUUUUUCAAUGGCAACAAAAAGAGAGAAAGAGUUGUCAUUUAGAGGAAACAAACCACCCCGAUUUACCAGAUCAAACCACUUAGUUGUAUACGACAUGAUGUCACUGCCUUCACCGACAACACCCAU